AUGUCUCUCUCCCUGCCCCGCACGCCGCAAGGCCGUGAAAAAGGUUGUGCGUGCUCCGACUCGGCUCGGCACUGUUCUGCAUCUCCGAGGUGGGCCUACGUCGAGUGCGACUUCCCGUACGCGGCCCACCGCGCGGCCGUGGCGCAGGGGAACUGCCUGGAGGUCACGGGCACGACGCUGCCGCUGCUGCUCGUCUUCCUGGAGGCCCCGAGCGCCGAGCUGCUGACCUCCGCCGCGGUGGGGGCCCUGUCGGACUGGCUCGCCGCCCACGGGCCGCUGCAGGCAGCCCGCCUGCUGCUCCUGCUGUACGGCACCAGGCCGGCGAGCCUUCGGCCCGCCGUCGCCGCGCCCCUGGCGGCCAGCCUCGUCCGCCGCGGCGCCGGCGCCGUGGAGCUGGAGGGCCCGGGCCACGCGGCCGAGUACGCCGCACAGUGCGCGGCGGCGGUGAGCGAGAGCCGCCGCCGGCGCGUGCCCUCGAGGUUCAAGGUGGCCGGCGCGCGGUGCCAAACGCUGCCGCGGGACGCUUCGGCCAGGUUGCGCGUCACCUGGGUGUCGCAGCUGAUGCAGAUCCCCGGCGUGUCCGAGGAGAUCGCGAAGGUCAUCGCGGAGCACCACCCCUCGCCCGCCGCCAUACUUGGCGCCGUCGCCUCCGCUGGCGCCUCCAGCGGGAGCGCCUUCCUGGCCGAUCUCGAGUACCCCAUCAAGGGCCGCAGCGGCACGCGCAAGGUGGGCCCCGUGGUCUCCCGGCGGGUCUUCACGAUGUUCAGCCCCGAGGCCGAGCCAGAGCACCUGCUGCUCUGA